AUGCUAGACAUGCUACAAACUACACCGAGAACAAUCUGUCUUUCUAACAGGGUCGAUAUUACGGACGUCUCAAUGAUCACACCGCAACAGAACAAGUCAUCGCAGAAAGCCUCCGUGGUUUUCAAUAUUGAAGAAAUAAAACCUCAAGAAGAGAAUACAGAGGGAGAAAAUAUUCUUCUAUGUAGUCAAUCAGUCCGUAAGAAAGAAAUGUUGAACAGCGCUCCUGUAUCCUUCACAGCCAACUCGUGUACUUCAGAUGAUAAGUGUAGCCAACUAAAAGACUGCAGACUCCAACCAUUUGAACUGGACGAGAUCUUAGGCAGAGAUUCGAUUGAUGCUUUAGAAGAAUGGGUUACAGCAUACAACACACUCCUCUGGAAAAUAUCCUUUAGGGAUACCAAUGGGCCAAAAGACGAACUACCACUCAAUUAUGACAUAAACAAGGUGGAUGAUGUAGAAUACACCAUACUGUACAAGGCAGCCUUAGAAGGAAACCUAAAAGAAGUUGAGGAACUUAUUUCAAAGGGAGUAAACCUGGACAAACCGUGCAAGGGUGGCCUUUGGCCUCUUCAUGCAGCAGCUGAAGAAGGUCAUGCUGAUAUUGUGGAUUUCCUCAUCCUACACGGAGCGGACCCGAGUGUUGAAAGCAACAUGGGUCAGACACCUAUUCAUACAGCAGUGACCAAAGGUCAUUUGUGCAUCAUAGAAAGUCUAAUUGCAGAAGGGGUUGAUGUAAACAAGGAGGAUAGCGCAGGUCAGACCCCAUUCAAUGUUGCCAUUCAACAUGGCCAUCUAGACGCUGUCAAAUACCUCAUCAUUAAUGGAGCAAUACAAAACAGAUAUGAUGGAAUGACCCCACUCUAUGCAGCAGCUCAAUUAGGACACCAAGAUAUUGUAAGCUUCUUCGUUUCCGAUGGAGCUGAUGUGAACGAAGAAAAUGACGAUGGAAGAAUUCCCUUACAUGGAGCUGCUAUCAUCAGUAACAUGGAGAUCAUGAAAAAUCUCAUUCGAAAGGGUUCCGACGUGAACAAGGCAGAUACGACAGGAUGGACUCCAUUCAAUGCUGCCAAUCAGAAAGGUAAUCUAGACGCUGUCAAAUACCUCAUAGAUAAAGGUGCUAAACAGAACAGGAAUGGUGGAAUUACUCCGUUAUAUGCUGCAGCUCGGUUCAGUUAUCUAGACAUCGUGGAAUUCUUCAUUUGUCAUAGCACUGAUGUGAAUGAGGUAAAUGAUAGUGGGAGGAUUCCCCUCCACGGAGCCGCUAUUAAAGGAAACAUGAAAGUUGUGGAAUAUCUCAUUGAACAUGGGUCUGAUGUGAACAAAUGUGAUUCAGAGGGUUGGACAUCAUUCAAUGCUGCUAUCCAAUACGGUCACCUAGAAGCUGUCAAAUAUCUCAUAAAUAAAGGAGCCAAGAGGAACAGGUAUGAUGGAGCGACCCCACUCUAUUUUGCAGCUCAACUCGGCCAUAUAGAUAUCGUAGAAUACCUCAUUUCCAAUGGCGCUGACGUGAAUGAUGAAGACGAUGAUGGGAAGAUUCCUCUUCAUGGUGCUGCUAGUGAAGGCCAUCUAGAUAUCAUGGAGUAUCUCACUGAGUCAGGGUCGAAUGUGAACAAGGCUGAUCCAAAGGGUUGGACACCAUUCAAUGCUGCUAUUCAAGAAGGUCAUCUAGAAGCUGUCAAAUAUCUCAUAAAUAAAGGAGCCAAGAGGAACAGGUAUGAUGGAGCGACCCCACUCUAUUUUGCAGCUCAACUCGGCCAUAUAGAUAUCGUAGAAUACCUCAUUUCCAAUGGCGCUGACGUGAAUGAUGAAGACGAUGAUGGGAAGAUUCCUCUUCAUGGUGCUGCUAGUGAAGGCCAUCUAGAUAUCAUGGAGUAUCUCACUGAGUCAGGGUCGAAUGUGAACAAGGCUGAUCCAAAGGGUUGGACACCAUUCAAUGCUGCUAUUCAAGAAGGUCAUCUAGAAGCUGUCAAAUAUCUCAUGGAUAAAGGAGCCAAGCAGAAUAGAUAUGAUGGAAUGACCCCACUCUAUGCUGCAGCUCAAUUCGGUCAUAUCAAUAUCGUGGAAUUUUUCAUCUCAAAUGGUGCUGCUGUUAAUAACGAACAUGAUAAUGGGAUGAUUCCUCUUCAUUGUGCUGCUAGUCGAGGCCAUCUAUGUAUCAUGGAGUAUCUCAUUGAAUUAGGGUCAGAUGUGAACAAAGCUGAUCAAAAGGGCUGUACACCAUUCAAUGCUGCUAUUAACUACGGUCAUCUAGAAGCUGUCAAAUAUCUCAUAGAUAAAGGAGCAAAGCAGAACAAGUAUGACGGCAUGACUCCACUCUUUACUGCAGCUCAAUUCGGUCAUCUAGAUAUCGUGGAAUACUUCAUUUCUAAUGGCGCUGAUGUGAAUGAAGAAGAGGAUAAUGGGAUGAUUCCUCUUCAUGGAGCUGCUUUUGGAGGAAACACAGAAAUCAUGAAUUAUCUCAUUCAACAAGGGUCAGAUGUAAACAAGGCUAAAUCAAAGGGAUGGGCACCAAUCAAUGCUGCUAUUCAAGAAGGUCAUCUAGAAGCUGUCAAAUAUCUCAUAGAUAAAGGAGCAAAGCAGAACAGGUAUGACGGAAUGACUCCACUCUAUACUGCAGCUCAAUUCGGUCAUCUAGAUAUCGUGGAAUACUGCAUUUCUAAUGGCGCUGAUGUGAAUGAAGAAGAUGAUAAUGGGAUGAUUCCUCUUCAUGGAGCUGCUUUUGGAGGAAACACAGAAAUCAUGAAAUAUCUCAUUCAAAAAGGGUCAGAUGUGAACAAGGCUAAUUCAAAGGGAUGGGCACCAAUCAAUGCUGCUAUUCAAGAAGGUCAUCUAGAAGCUGUCAAAUAUCUCAUGGAUAAAGGAGCCAAGCAGAAUAGAUAUGAUGGAAUGACCCCACUCUAUGCUGCAGCUCAAUUCGGUCAUAUCAAUAUCGUGGAAUUUUUCAUCUCAAAUGGUGCUGCUGUUAAUAACGAACAUGAUAAUGGGAUGAUUCCUCUUCAUUGUGCUGCUAGUCGAGGCCAUCUAUGUAUCAUGGAGUAUCUCAUUGAAUUAGGGUCAGAUGUGAACAAAGCUGAUCAAAAGGGCUGUACACCAUUCAAUGCUGCUAUUAACUACGGUCAUCUAGAAGCUGUCAAAUAUCUCAUAGAUAAAGGAGCAAAGCAGAACAAGUAUGACGGCAUGACUCCACUCUUUACUGCAGCUCAAUUCGGUCAUCUAGAUAUCGUAGAAUACCUCAUUUCCAAUGGCGCUGACGUGAAUGAUGAAGACGAUAAUGGGAAGAUUCCUCUUCAUGGUGCUGCUAGUGAAGGCCAUCUAGAUAUCAUGGAUUAUCUCACUGAGUCAGGGUCGAAUGUGAACAAGGCUGAUCCAAAGGGUUGGACACCAUUCAAUGCUGCUAUUAAAUACGGUCAUCUAGAAGCUGUCAAAUAUCUCAUAGAUAAAGGAGCCAAGCAGAACAGGUAUGAUGGAGCGACCCCACUCUAUUUUGCAGCUCAAUUCGGCCAUAUAGAUAUCGUAGAAUACCUCAUUUCCAAUGGCGCUGACGUGAAUGAUGAAGACGAUAAUGGGAAGAUUCCUCUUCAUGGUGCUGCUAGUGAAGGCCAUCUAGAUAUCAUGGAGUAUCUCACUGAGUCAGGGUCGAAUGUGAACAAGGCUGAUCCAAAGGGUUGGACACCAUUCAAUGCUGCUAUUCAAGAAGGUCAUCUAGAAGCUGUCAAAUAUCUCAUGGAUAAAGGAGCCAAGCAGAAUAGAUAUGAUGGAAUGACCCCACUCUAUGCUGCAGCUCAAUUCGGUCAUAUCAAUAUCGUGGAACUUUUCAUCUCAAAUGGUGCUGCUGUUAAUAACGAACAUGAUAAUGGGAUGAUUCCUCUUCAUUGUGCUGCUAGUCGAGGCCAUCUAUGUAUCAUGGAGUAUCUCAUUGAAUUAGGGUCAGAUGUGAACAAAGCUGAUCAAAAGGGCUGUACACCAUUCAAUGCUGCUAUUAACUACGGUCAUCUAGAAGCUGUCAAACAUCUCAUAGAUAAAGGAGCAAAGCAGAACAAGUAUGACGGCAUGACUCCACUCUUUACUGCAGCUCAAUUCGGUCAUCUAGAUAUCGUGGAAUACUUCAUUUCUAAUGGCGCUGAUGUGAAUGAAGAAGAGGAUAAUGGGAUGAUUCCUCUUCAUGGAGCUGCUUUUGGAGGAAACACAGAAAUCAUGAAAUAUCUCAUUCAACAAGGGUCAGAUGUAAACAAGGCUAAAUCAAAGGGAUGGGCACCAAUCAAUGCUGCUAUUCAAGAAGGUCAUCUAGAAGCUGUCAAAUAUCUCAUGGAUAAAGGAGCCAAGCAGAAUAGAUAUGAUGAAGUGACUACACUGUACGCUGCAGCUGAAUUCGGUCAUUUAGAUACCGUGAAAUUCUUCAUUUCUAGUGGCGCUGAUGUGAAUGAAGAGGAUGAUAAUGGGAUGAUUCCUCUUCAUGGUGCUGCUUCUGAAUGCCAUCUAGAUAUCAUGGAGUAUCUUACUGAGUUAGGGUCAGAUGUGAACAAAGCCGAUCAAAAGGGCUGUACACCAUUCAAUGCUGCUAUUAAUUACGGUCAUCUAGAAGCUAUCAAAUAUCUCAUAGAUAAAGGAGCAAAGCAGAACAGGUAUGACGGAAUGACUUCACUCUAUACUGCAGCUCAAUUCGGUCAUUUAGAUAUCGUGGAAUACUUCAUUUCUAAUGGCGCUGAUGUGAAUGAAGAAGAUGAUAAUGGGAGAAUCCCCCUUCAUGGAGCAGCUAUCAGUGGUAACAUGAAGAUCAUGGAGUAUCUCAUCCAACAAGGGUCUGAUGUGAACAAAGCUAAUCAGAAAGGUUGGACAUCAUUCAAUGCUGCUAUUCAAUACGGCCACCUAGAAGCUGUCAAAUAUCUCAUGGAUAAAGGAGCCAAGCAGAAUAGAUAUGGUGGAAUGACCCCACUCUAUGCUGCAGCUGAAUUCGGACAUUUAGAUAUUGUGAAAUUCUUCAUUUCUAAUGGUGCUGAUGUGAAUGAAGAAGAUGAUAUUGGGGAGAUUCCUCUUCAUGGAGCUGCUAGUGGAGGCCAUCUAGAUAUCAUGGAGUAUCUCAUUCAAGAAGGGACAGAUGUGAACAAGGGUGAUACAAAAGGUUGGACGCCAUUAAAUGCUGCUAUCCAAUGCGGUCAUCUAGAAGUUGUCAAAUAUCUCAUGGAUAACGGAGCCAAGCAGAACAGAUAUGAUGGAAUGACUCCACUGUAUAUUGCAGCACAAGCUGAACAUUUAGAUGUAGUCAAAUUUUUGGUAUCCAACGGUGCUGACGUCAAUGAGGUAGAUGACGAAGGGAUGAGUGCUCUAUACGCUGCUGCCCGUAUUGGUAACAUUGAAAUCGUUGAGUAUUUCAUUCAGCAAGGCUCUGAUGUUAACAAGACAAACAACAAUGGACUGACACCACUGAACACAGCAAUCAUUGAAGGCCAGUUGAAAGUUGUUAAAUUUCUCAUUGCUAAAGGAGCCAAUUGUUCAAGUUAUGAAGGUAUGACUCCACUUUACAUCGCUACUCAAUACGGCCAUAUUGACGUAGUAAAAUUUCUUGUGUCCAAGGGAUAUAAUGUGAACAAAGGGACUGAGAGCAAGAAAUCUCCGCUUCAUGCAGCAUGUUACAAUGGUAACAUCGAUAUGGUAGAAUACCUACUUCUCAACAAUGCUGAUGUGAAUAAACAAGAUCAAGAUGGAUGGACGCCACUUCAAGCCGCUGCACAAGAAGGACACCUACAGAUAGUCAAGUAUCUGUCAGUGUGUGAUAUGAAGGAUAUGGAUGGUAUAACUUCGAUACAGGCGUCGCCAAACACAGCUCAUUCAACUUGUCAAAUACAAGGAAUAUUGAGUACUGACACCUUUGCUCAAAUUGCGUCACGAAAUCAACAACAUGAAGGUCAUCGGACUGCAAUCCAAGCAGAAUCUGCAACACAUGCAGAACAAUCCAAACUACACGUUCAUAAUAUCUAUGAUGACAAUGCUUUCAUCCAAGAGGAAAGGUGUGAUGAACUCUCGUUGAGCACUGGGGCUUAUAGAGCUGAGGGUAGCGUCAAUCAGGAGCCUAAUCCUUUCUCUGAUGCCCAGACGAAAUCUGCUGAAAAAUCUGAACAUGGUUCAACCCAGGAUGACAUUGACGCAGUGCAAAACAUCAUGACUAGGAAACAAUACAACCGAGCCAAUGAUACAAGCCGUCCUGUCUCGCUCGGACCUCAGAAAUGGCAAUACAGCGGAUUUGGCCCACCAUUCCUUCAAACCCUGAACAACUCUGUGGCAAAUGGGCAGAUUUCAGAAGACCCAUGGUCGAGAUGUCAUCUCUUAACUGAAGAGAUUGGACAAACCAGAAACCCUCCAAAUCUGAUCACUACAAGAAAAGAUCGUGCCAUUCAUGGAGCUUCGUCAGAGUCAAACAGAACCCUAAGAUCAAAACCUUCAUCAACUGGUCUUCAAGAUGUCUACUACAAAAAACACCUCUCCUAUAUAGGAGCAACUUCUGGCAACGCUGGAUGGAAAUUCUUGUCGAAAUUUCGAAGCACAUGGAAAGGUCGCCCCCCUUCAACUCUGCUGAUCGUUGAAACUCUCCUGCAUGCGCUGUUAGCUUUCGCCAUCAUUCUUGCAGGAUGUCCAGUUCACGUAGCAGGCAACGGUCUCACCGAAGGGGUGACUCUUCAAGCAGGUAGUCAGGGUGUAGUCCCAUUCCAUUUGCCUUGGUCUACUAAUGAUACAUCCCAGGGUGUUCUAUAUUUUACAGUUCGGUUCGAAUCACUAAAUCAUCCAUUUUGCAAUAAUGGGAUACGUGAGACAGAGGGUUUCAAAAUCUCAACGCAGUUUUCAAGAUUUACGACAUCUGUCACAGGCUUGGACACAGCUCCCUGCGUAAAUGUAUUCAUAGAUGAUGUUGAUACUGUAGACCAGGAUAGAUACAUAUUCACUGCAAUCUUGUACAAGCUAGGAGACAUAAGGCGUGAAGUUAUUAAAAAAGAGGUCGCUGUAACUGUUCCACCUGGAUCAGCAAAUUGCUUCAUUACUUUAAAUGACAACUGCGCUUAUGGAGAAGUACGAUGUCGAGCCACCACUGGAAGUGUAGGAACCUCACUAUCAUGUUACCAAAAUGACGAAAAGCUUAAUGUCCUUGAUGACAUCUCAGAUAUAGGGCGGGAAACCAGUGGUACAUUUUGUCUUGUUCAUGACACUGCUUUCUCUUGCUGUUCACAUGAAGUGACGUCAGACGUAAAUGUAGCGACGUGUAAUGACUUCCAGUGGCCACCUCGCGUGCCUGGUAAACCCACUACAACACAGAACAUACCUGAAUCCCUUACCGAUAGCAUCAUUAGUAGGCCUACUUACUCCAAUCUUGAAACCAGUCAAAUGGCCGAAAUAGAAUUUGAUAUCGAUUCCGGGGCUGGUAGGCAAAAACCUCCACUUCUCAAAUACUUAUUAUACCCAUUGAUUCACGCCCUUCACUUUGUCUACUAA